AGCUGGGGUAAAGGCGGAACAAACCGGUGUGCGCGGCUACAUGCUGUAAACUGCUCGUCCGCACUGCAGAUUAUUAACUCUCAGUUUGCCGGGGAGAUGCUUCCAGACAAGAAGGAAGGCGGUGCUCUCAGCAUCUCUUGGUCACCUCCCAGGGGAUCUGAAGGACACAUUCUGAACUAAGAGCACACUUACACAGUGUGAACUGGAUGCAACAGAAGGAAGAGGACGCGUGUGCUCUUGAACAUCAUGCGUGCUGUCUUUAACAUGGAACUGCAGGAUCGUCACGCUUUGGAGUAAAGCAGAAAACAAAGCAAUACCAGCUUAUUUCCCUUCUAUGGCGACAGAGGCUCUGGUUGCCCACGGUUUUCUGUGUGGGUGUUUAUCAGACUGUGGUAUUUAAGUGCACUCGGAAGAGUGUGGUCGUCCCCUACAGCCUAGACAGGGUCGUAGUGUGUGUCAUUUCUUUCCCAGAUGCAGAACGUCCUUGACCAAAACUUAGACAUGGCUACUGCUCUACUAGCUGGUGAGAAACUGAAGGAGCUCAUCCUGCCGGGCUCAUCUCAAGAUGAAAAAGGCGGCGCGUUGGCCUCGCUGAUGGUGCAGCUUAAACUGGAGCUGCCCUUCGAUCGGGUUGUCACCAUAGGGACGGUGAUCAUCCCCAUCCUGCUGGUCACCCUUGUCUUCACCAGGAACUUUGCAGAGGAGUCCAUAUACUGUUACACACCCCACAACUUCACCCGAGACCAAGCCCUGUAUGCGAGAGGCUACUGCUGGACAGAGCUGCGUGAUGCAAGACUUGGUGUGGACUCUCACCUCUGUCCUUCACUAUUUGAGCACAAGUUCUUGCCCUACGCCCUGUUGGCCUUCGCCGGCAUCAUGUACAUCCCAGCUCUGGGCUGGGAGUUUCUGGCCUCGACUCGGCUCACGUCGGAACUUAAUUUCCUGCUUCAAGAAAUUGAUAACUGUUAUCACCGAGCUGCUGAGGGCCGUGCCCCCAAGAUUGAGAAGCAGAUCCAAUCCAAAGGACCUGGCAUCACUGAGCGAGAGAGGCGAGAGAUCAUAGAGAAUGCUGAGAAGGAGAAGAGUCCCGAGCAAAAUCUCUUUGAGAAAUAUUUAGAAAGACGAGGCCAGAGCAACUUUUUGGCUAAGAUUUACUUGGCACGCCACUUGGCUAUAAUCUGCCUCAGCUCCAUCCCCAUUUCCUACCUGAGCGCCUACUAUGCCCGACAAAGGCAGAAUGAGUUUACCUGUGCCCUAGGCGAGCUACCAGACAUUAGCAGCUAUCCAGAGCUUAAGCUACGAGUAAACUGCAAGCUGCCGGCCGUGCAGCUGCAAAGAAUCAUGGCGGCAGUUGACCUGGCGCUACUCUGCACUAUGAACCUUAUUAUCCUACUUAAUCUGCUGCAUUUGUUUGUGGUGCGUAAAUCUAACUUUGUAUUUGACAAACUUCACAAAGUAGGCAUCAAAACACGGCGGCGUUGGCAGAAGUCUCAGUUCUGUGACAUCAAUAUCCUGGCCAUGUUCUGCAACGAGAACAGGGACCACAUCAAGUCUCUCAACAGGCUGGACUUCAUCACCAACGAGAGUGACCUCAUGUAUGAUAAUGUAGUCCGGCAGCUGCUGGCUGCGCUGGCACAGUCCAACCAUGAUGCAACGCCGACUGUGAGGGACUCGGGCAUCCAAACUUUAGGUCCCAACAUGGAUCCCUCAGAUCUUGGAGUGGGCGAAAUCGCUUCAGAGCCGCUGGUCAUCAAACGACCACGCAAGAAGAUUAAAUGGAUCCCAUCCUCCAAUCCUCUUCCACAAUCAUUCAAGGAACCUCUUACUCUGAAUCGUUUGGAGAAUAAUGCCAAGCCUGAGAAACCUAAACCACUCCGGAGAAAGACUGUAGCAGACAGCUUUAUUGCACCUCUUCAGGAUAGCAAGAGCACACAGCAUCCUGCAACAAAAGACAUAAGCGGAAUAGAGAAGAAGCACGCAAGGAACUUUUCUCUAGAUGUUCACCCAUACAUGCUGACCAUUCGUAAACCCAAGGUGGAGACCACAACCACAAACCCUCUGCCGUCGGAGCACAACAUGGAUGCAGUAUACCUUGAAGGCACACACACUAUUGUUCACGUUGCUAGUGCAAUUGCAGGGACUAAAGUUUGCUCUCCAGAAUCGACUGCUUCGGCCUUUUCUACGUUGACCUUGCCCACCAGCACAUUUGUAAAUGGCGGUAGCCCGAACCCACCCUCCAGUGAGGACCUCGUCAGUCCCAAACCAUCUCCUCCUCUUCCUCCAAUGGAGCCUAUUACGCAGGCUGAGAAUCUUGGGUCUCAGCCACCGACUCUCACCAGAGCCCCUACACACCAGCUGCUGAGUAUUCACCAUACACUCUUCGAGGAAGAAGAGGAUGAGAAAAAACGUAGAGACAGGCUAGCAGGGCGACCCGGUGAACUCAUAGCUGCAGGGGAAUGUUAAAGCGAAAUAUGCACAAUUUCCUCCUUGAAUGGUUUCUACUCACCACAGUUGUCUGUUCACAAGCACCUGUAGUAUCACACUAGGGAAGCAGUGAUUAGAAUUCAAAAUGGACUAUUAAUGUGAUCCAAGAGAAGCAUGGUUAUGUUGGCCGUAGUAUCAACAUCGGAAAUGAUGUCACAUUCAUAUCUCAGGAUGACUGUGACCAACUCAUUGCCCUCUAAAGAAACCAGCAGUGAUCAAAUUCAACAGGGUGCUGCAGAGCAAAGGGUCAAACAGUUACUGAUGAAUGGUGAUAAGGGUGGACUUUCUUCAAACACUUCUAAACACAUAUCUGACUGUAUGUGUCUUUGAAAAAAAAAAAAAAAAUGGUGAAACGCAUAUAACGAUUUGUCCCUUUAUUACAGUAGAGAGGUAGUUCACGCAAUACAGUCGUUGAGAUCUGCACAAGUAAUAUGCAAAAGAUCACAAUAUAGUUGUGGCAAUAAUGUUUGCGCUUACCACAUCGUACUGUACUGUAUGUCACAGUAGGCUAUAUACAUGCAUAGGCAGUGUAUAUGAUGAUGUGUUUGUGAAUUGUUUAAGCUAUACAAAUGUAUCAUGGCUUCGUUAUUGCUCUUUCUUCACAAAUAAGGAUUCAGAGAUUGAUGCAACUUUUUUCGCGCACCUUUACGGUUGGUCGUUUUGUAUUGCAGGAGGAGAAUAAGCGUCAACUUUACGACAAAAUAUUGUAUAGGGAAGGUUUGAGGGCAAAGGUAAGUUUUGGUUUUUUUCUGAUGCAACAUUUAGGAAUUCCCUAGAUGUUAAGUUUCAAGUGACAUAGAUGGCAUUACUAGGAUGGUUAAUGUACAUUAGAUGACAUUUAACAUGUGAACGGGACUCUCGCUGCUGUGUUGGAUCCGCUUUGGACUGGACUCUCGCGACUGUGUUGGAUCCAUUAUGGAUUGAACUUUCACAGUAUCAUGUUAGACCCGCUCGACAUCCAUUGCUUUCCUCCUCUCCAAGGUUCUCAUAGUCAUUAUUGUCACCGAUGUCCCACUGGGUGUGAGUUUUCCUUGCCCUUAUGUGGGCUACCGAGGAUGUCGUAGUGGUUUGUGCAGCUCUUUGAGACACUAGUGAUUUAGGGCUAUAUAAGUAAACAUUGAUUGAUUGAUUGAUUUAUAAAGGAGUCAUACAGUAUGAAGUGGAAAAAAAAAGGGAAAGUUGUGGGAUGCAGCAAAUAUUUUUGAUGGUUACCUAACCUAAAUGUGUCUGUGUAAAUCAGCCUCACAACAUUCACCAAAUCAUCAAAAUCAUGGAAGAAUGAAUAGAGGGUUUGAUUUGUUGUUUGUAUUUUCAGGUACUGUUCCGGUAGGGCUACAAUAGCACUUUACACUAUAGUGAGUAAGUUCUGAAUCAACAAUUUAUUGUGUGGGGAGUGUUUUUCAUGUCUUGGCUCGUCAAUGAAUGAAUUAAUUUGCCCCUUGGAUUUGCAAUUAAGCCUGAUUGAUAAUACAUUGUCAUUAUCUUAUAUAAUACAUCAAAAGCACUUUAAAAAGGCCUGUUGCACGAGUAAGAGACAGAGAGACAAAGUUUUUUGGGGGAAAAAACAGUUUCUGCAGAUGUGAUCAUAAAUAGAGUGUAGAUUGUUACAUGUUAGACUGAACACAAAUUAAAAUGAUUUUCUUGAGAAGAUGCUUGUUGUAUCGGUCAAUGACUACAUUACCCAAGAUGCUUUGCACACGGCAAGACUUAGCUCGUCAAUGAAUGAAUUAUUUACCCCCUUAGAUUUGAAAUUAAACCUGAUUGAUAAUAAAUUGUCAUUAUCUUGUCUAGUACAUCAAAAAUCACUUCAAACAGGAUUGUUGCACCAAGUUUUUUUGGGGGGGAAGCAGUUUCUGCAGAUGUGAUCAUAAAUAGAGUGUAGAUUGUAACAUGCUAAACCAGUGGUUCUCAACCUUUUUUCAGUGAUGUACCCCCUGUGAACAUUUUUUUAAUUCAAGUACCCCCAAAUCAGAGCAAAACAAUUUUUGGUUGAAAAAAAGAGA